AUGGGUAAUUUUGAAAAUACCGAAGAACACUACGAACACAUCAAAAGGUCUCAUUUAGCAGCAGAAGAAGCACUGGGGAAAUGUGACGAAAAUCAUAAAGGUAUAAAACCGUACUGGUGGGAUGAAGAAAUAGAGAGGGAAAUUAAAGAUAAACGUCGGAAAUACCAAACAUUCUUAACAACAAAAACAGAAAACGAUAAAACACUUUACAAAGAAGCACAAGCCAAAAUGAACCACAUUUCAAACUUUUUUGUAAAAACACAUCGUCUGAAACUUAAUACUUUGGUUAGGUUUGAACAUAGUCUGGAAUCAUCACAUAAAGUUAACAACUUAGAAAAGAAAUUUUUGGUAUGGACUGGCAAAUAUAAAAAUGUUGCAGAGGUACCACCUUAUGUUACUCAAAGUACGAUGGAGAGGUGUAGAAACAGAAUGAGAAUUAAAAUUGCAAAUUACAUGAUGGCCGCUACUGCUUUAGGUUGUGUUCUUAUGGUAUAUUUAGGAAAACGAGAUGCUAAAAGGGGAAUAACUUUAAGUCAGGAGAAUAAGGAUUGGCAUGCUAAAAUUAAAGCUGAACACGAAGCCAAAAAAGAUAGUGCAUAA